AUGGGGAACUCGCUGUCUUGUUGCCUGUGCCCCAAUGCCAGCCCCAAGUUGGGCCGGCGCAGGGGGCCAGCGGAGCCGGACUGCGAGUCUGAGGUGUACAAGGCGGCGGCCGGGAACGCGGUGGCAGUAGCUCCGGCGGUGGCUACCGUGGAACCCGCCGAGUUGGAUUUCGCAGGUGGCGAAGGCCACCACCUGCACCACAUCAGCGACCGGGAGAUGCCCGAAGACUUAGCUUUGGAACCAAACCCUUCUGACCACCCAAGAGCAAGCACAAUCUUUCUGAGCAAAUCUCAAACAGAUGUGCGGGAAAAGAGGAAGAGCGACCAUUUAAACCAUGUAUCUCCAGGGCAGCUUACUAAAAAGUAUAGCUCAUGCUCAACAAUAUUUCUAGAUGACAGCACAGUCAGCCAGCCUAAUCUUAGAACCACAGUAAAAUGUAUGACCUUAGCAAUAUAUUACCACAUAAAGAACAGAGAUGCAGAUAGAUCCUUGGAUAUUUUUGAUGAGAGAUUACAUCCACUCACACGAGAAAAGAUUCCAGAGGAAUACUUCGAGCAUGAUCCUGAACACAAAUUCAUUUACAGAUUUGUUCAUAGGCUUUUUAGUGCCGCACUGCUAACUGCUGAAUGUGCAGUAGUAACUUUGGUUUACUUAGAAAGGCUUUUAACUUAUGCUGAGAUCGACAUUUGCCCCACUAACUGGAAAAGAAUUGUUUUGGGAGCCAUUCUUCUUGCCUCCAAGGUUUGGAACGAUCUGGCUGUAUGGAAUAUGGACUACUGCCAGAUCCUCAAGGACGUUACAGUUGAGGACAUGAAUGAGAUGGAAAGGCACUUCCUGGAGCUACUUGAGUUUAAUGUUAAUGUUCCUUUCAGUGUGUAUGCCAAAUACUACUUUGACCUUCGCUCCUUAGCACAUGACAACAACCUGAAUGUUCUAUUCCCUCCUCUUAGCAAAGAAAGAGCACAGAACUUAGAGGCCAUUUCCAGAUUGUGUGACGACAAAUACAAAGACGUGUGUAGAGCUGCUAUGAGAAGGUCUUUCAGCGCUGAUCAUUUCAUUGGUAUUCGGCGCUCCAAUGCCAUCCUCUCUUAAGGGAGAAGUGAGGGGUUGUAACAUCAUAAACCCCUCGAAACAAAGACUGGAGAAAUAUCACCUCUCCUGCUCAGAAACCAGCAAAGUUAGUAUUUUCACCUUAAAGAAAGACAUUGAAUUCAAGAGACUCAUGGACAAGCGAAGAUUAUGCUCAUAGGAAAGAACGGGACCUCGUCAAUGUAACACGCUCUUCUGUCCUUUUUAUUGUAAACAGAGUUACAAAAACCACUCCAAAGCUAAAAGCUCCCAAUCCACGCACAGAUAUCUGCUCCCAAUCCACACACAGUUAUCUGAUAGCUGUAAACUAUGUGAGGUUUAUUAAUUAAUAGUUUAAAUUUUUAGACUUUAAAGACACUAACUAUAUAACUUUUAUGUUUUUCUUACCUCACUGUCCCAUACUGCUGCAUAUUCCUUUAGAAUCAGUGCAGUAUUACCAUCAA